CUGCACGUUCGGAAAAGUCCAUCGCUGUGCCUGUAAUAAAAUAGAAGAGCAAUAACCCCGCGCCUGUUCCAAACAGACGAACAGCAAAACCCUGAAACUUGUAGCUACGACACUGUAGUUGCGCUAUGCAUCGCUCAAUUGCUAAGCUCGCCUUGCUCCUCGCUACUGCCGGUCUGUCAUGCGGCUUGUUCAUCGUCGCCCAUGCAAGCUGCUGGCCGCACGAGAGGGACGCGUUGCUGACCUUCAAGCAAGGCAUCAAUGACACCCACGGCGUCCUCGCCUCCUGGCAAAAACUGCGCCACGACUGCGACUGCUGCCGCUGGAGAGGCGUCGCCUGCAGCAACGAAACCGGCCAUGUGACCGAGCUUGACAUCGGUUACACGCCCUUGGUCGGCCAGCUAAGUCCUUCCUUACUCUCUUUGGAACAUCUGGAGUAUCUAAAUCUCAAUUUCACGUUCCUACUUGGACCAAACGGUCUCUUCCCAGAAUUCUUGUUUUCUUUCCACAACUUGAGACAUCUCGAUAUCUCCUACACAUACUUUUCUGGUAGAAUGCCUGCUCAGCUUGCCAACCUUUCGAAGUUGGAGUAUCUAGAUCUCUCGGGCACGUUCUUGUCCGGUACCCUGCCGCCUCAGCUCGGAAACCUUUCAAACUUGCGAUACCUUGGCCUCGGUUUCAUGCAAAAAAUACACACAACAGAUAUCUCGUGGUUAACUAAUCUUCAUCUCCUGGAAUACGUUGACAUGAGUGCUAUAAAUCUCAGCACCGCUGAUGUGUUUUCUGUGGCGAACACAAUUUCUUCUCUGAAGGCCCUAAUUCUUAUCAACUGCUCACUUCCAAAUGCAAAUCAGUCGCCUACACACCUAAACCUCACAAAACUUGAGCUGCUCGAUCUCUCCACAAACUAUUUGGGCCAUUCAAUUGAAACCUGCUGGUUUUGGAAUAUAACAAGCAUCAAGGAGCUGGGCCUUUCUGAAACCAAUCUCUAUGGUCCAUUCCCUGGCGCCCUAGGAGAUAUGACAUCCCUUCAACGCCUAGAAUUCGACAAUAAUGGUAAUUCAGCCACAAUAACGGUAGACUUGAAAAAUCUUUGCGAUCUACAAGUCCUAUGGCUUGAUGGUGGCCUCGCGUUUGGGAACAUAACAGAGUUUGUAAGCAAAUUGCCACAAUGUUCGUCCAGCAAAUUUCUCUCCUUGUUUUCUGAUGACAACAAUAUGACCGGAUCGCUGCCGGAUAUGGAAGGCCACUUGAACUUGAACAGCUUACAAUAUCUUUCCCUUUCUAACAACAGUAUUACUGGAGUUAUACCAUAUGGGUUAAGGAAUCUUACUAGUUUGAAAAUGCUCGAUCUCAGUUUCAACCAACUAACUGGUCAGAUACCAAUGUUACCGAGAAGUCUCACCGAACUGAGUAUCUCUAUGAACUCCUUGUCGGGACCUUUGCCAUUAGAUUUUGGAGGUCCAAACCUUACAGACCUAAGCCUAUCCUCCAAUUAUCUUACAGGUCGUGUUCCAAUAUCUAUCUGUGAAUCAAAAACCUUGAUUUUAUUGGAUUUAUCAAAUAAUCUUUUUGAGGGAGAAUUCUCAUGCUGUUCUCCAUUGCCAAACAUGGAAUUUCUACUCUUAAGUAACAACAACUUAUCUGGAAAAUUUCCAUCUUGGCUCCAGAACUGCUCAAGUUUGGCUUUCCUUGAUCUUGGGGUGAACAAGUUCUAUGGAAUGUUACCUGCAUGGAUUGGAGAGUUGGUGAACUUGCGAUUUCUGCAGCUAGACCAUAACAUGUUUUAUGGGGAUAUUCCAGUCAACAUCACCAAUCUUAAAUUACUUCAACACUUGAGUGUAGCGAGCAACAAUAUAUCUGGAUCUGUUCCGUCGUCCUUGUCAAAACUAAUAGCAAUGACCCUAGAACAUCCACCGAGACUUGGGUCUAGUUGGUUAGAAGAGGACACAAGCAAGGAUAUUUUGUCUGUGGUGAUGAAGCAGCAAGAGCUUAAAUAUGGCACGUCUGCAGUUAACGAAAUGGUCGGCAUUGACUUGUCACUCAACCACUUAACUGGUGGGAUUCCACAUGAGAUAUCUUCUCUUAAUGCAUUGUUGACUUUGAAUCUAUCAUGGAAUCACUUGAGCGGAAAAAUUCCUGUGAAGAUUGGGGCUAUGAAAUCACUAGAAUCGCUCGACCUCUCAAGAAACAACCUUUCCGGUGAAAUCCCAACAAGCUUGUCAGAUUUGACGUACCUAAGCUCCUUGGACUUGUCAUACAAUAAUCUUGCAGGAAGGAUUCCCACAGGACGUCAACUUGACACCCUCUAUACCGAGCGCCCAUCCAUGUACAACGGCAAUACCGGUCUUUGCGGGCCUCCUCUUGAAAAGAGUUGCCCGAGCAACAAUGGGCUAGAGCAUGGUAAUCAGCAGGACGGAAGUGAAAAUGGUUAUGAUCCAUUGUUAUUCUUCUACUUUGGGUUAGCGUCUGGCUUUGUCUUGGGACUCUGGGUUAUUUUUUGUGCUCUACUAUUCAAAAGAUCUUGGAGGAUUGCUUAUUUCCGACUCUUCGACAAGCUAUAUGACAAUGUGUACAUGUUUGUUGUUGUUUCUUGGGGAACGAUAACCAGUAAGGCAACUGUAAGUUGACUGGUGUGCCAAAUCAAAUAACGCUGAUGCUGGUAUCAUUCUACUAUUGAAAUAUAUGAAUGAAUAACGGUGAUGC